UUAACUUUCGCACGUGCUCAUCUUAUUUGUGUCUCCAAGAUCCACCGAGCCCAUCGCCCCAUUCGAUCUGUCUCGGCUCGGGAACGAAGGUGGGAACGAAGGUUGGUUCGAUGAUCGCGAAGACGGAGGAGGUAUGUGCGCUGCUUCUUCUAGGGUUGCCUCGUGGUUUGAGGGUGGGAGCUGACGGAACCAAUCAUAGGUACGAGGAGGGUGAUCGUGUGCCCCUCCCUGUAUGCCAACAAGAAGCAAAAGCUCAGUGUGCUUAUAUGGAAAUGACAAACCUUGUUGAUGGUGUUGUAACUGAUGAUUCUGAUGUCUUCUUAUUUGGAGCUCGAAAUGUCUACAAGAACAUAUUCGAUGACCGGAAAUAUGUUGAGACAUACUUCGUGAAGGUGUCUGUUGAGCUUGAGCGCGAGCUUGGCUUAGAUCGAGACAAACUAAUCCGUAUGGCAUUGCUUCUGGGAAGUGAUUAUACUGAAGGAGUUAGUGGGAUUGGAAUUGUUAAUGCAAUUGAAGUUAUACAAGCAUUUUCUGAGGAAGAUGGCCACCAGAAAUUUAGACAAUGGGUUGAGUCCCCAGAUCCAGCUAUAUUAGGAAAACUAGUUAGUGGUAGUCAUUCAAACAGAUCAUUGAAAGAAAACAAUAAUGGUGCUGAUGCAAUAAAAAGAAGUUCUCAGGAAGAUGCAUCUGAAGAGUCUGUUUCAAGGGGUCAUGAUGAUGAAAAACCUACUGGCAAUGAGGCAAUUAAAGACAUCUUCAUUCAUAAGCAUGAGAAGGAUGCAAGAGACAUUGAGAUUCCUAACAUAAGAUUGGAGGUCUUUGAAUUGAUGAUGAGGAUCGGUUGAGAUCACUACUGAUAUCGCGCAAGAUCUUCUAUGAGCUGUAUAUCAGUAUCUUCUUGAGGGUCUUAAACGCCUAUGUGAAUAUGCCAUUGCACAAGUGGGUAGAAACUACAUUGUCUUUUCUUUUUCUCAUUCUCGGAAGCUUCACUAGUUAUUGUAAUAAAAUUUAUCCUGAAGUCCUAAGAAGCGUUGAGUAUGCUUCAUCAUGCAAGAAGUUUGCGUCGAUAAUAUCUCCAGCAUGUACGAAUUGUCAGAGGCAUUCCAUGCCAUGUCCUUGAGGCACACUUGUGUCAUGUUUAUUUUAGAGCAAUUCGAGAAAAUCAACACUCGUCCAGGGUGCUCUCUCAUCAAAUAUAUCUCUCUUUUUUACUUCACUCUCUUGAACUCCUGAGUGUAUUUAGUGUUGAUUGCCUCGCGUUCUCAUUUACUGAUUCUGCCUUGAUGAACUUCCGCAGGCAUUCUCUUCUAAUCCAGCAAAUAACUCCAGAGAUUCGCAACUACUUUGGUAAAGCUUUGAGGCCGAAUAUGAGAAAAUCCCUUACCUAACUGUUCCUUUUUUACAGCAUCUUCUCUAACUCACGCUGCUGCUGCUGGAGGCUUGUACAGUUGGAGCAUUUCUGCACCAAACAUCUAUUUCCAAAGGGGGGUAAGUCGGGGGUAAGAACUAGCCUUCUGGAACCAAUGGUUCUUUUCUCUCUGAUUCUGUUUGGUACACCUCUAAUUUUGCACUUGAAAUAUCCAAUCAUCGAUAUAAAAAAAAUUUGAUCUUUUGAUUUAAAAAAAGCCUGCAGUUAAUUACCUAAGUAGUGCAACCAUGGCAUGCAUGAUUAAUUACCUAUGUCAAGGCCAAACUGGACUCCCCUUUUGUUUUAUUUUUCCUGCAAAUGAACUUUAAAAUCUAAUCUGUUCUAAGGUAAAAUUGUAUUAACCCUAAAUUAACAUGUCAUCUGUAUAGAUUCACUACAUGUAUUUCCAGUCUACUCGAGCUGGUGGUAAUCUAAUUCGUGGUGUUCUGAAUCGAGUUUUAUCUUCAAAUGUCUCAUAUUAACACUGUGAUAACGCAUAUUUGUUGGCAAACUUAACACAGAUCGUAAUUAUAUGAUCAUUUCCUUUAGAUAUCUUUCAGGUAAGACACUAAAGCAAGAGAAUAUCUACAUGAUUAUUUCCUAGAAUUGCUACAUAUAUGUGACCCAUAAAACGGGUGUUGUACGCAUACGAUUCAUAAAGAAAGUGUUGGAUGACUCUCAUACAUAUAAGGUUUGUGUUAUUAGAAAUGCGAAUGUUAAUUCAUAAGUAAUUAUGUCGAUCAUUGACAUAAGCUAAAUAGUAUUUGGAAAACACUUAAAUCAUGCAAGUGAAAUAAUUAGUUUAAGGAGAGGUAGAGUGAGAUGGAAGAUUACUUUACCAAAAUCUAUUGAAAGUUUAACAAGUGAUAAUUAAUCAAGGAUAUUGCUUUGCACAGAGUCUAAUAACAAUUAAAGAUUUAUUAUUAUAUGAUAUGAAAUAUAAUAAAUUGGUAGAGGGUGUUGCUUUGCACAAAGGUAGAGGGAGAUGUAUAUAGCCAACGUUAAAUAGUUGGAACAUAUUGAUUUAUUAUUAUUACUGGCAUUAUAUGUGUAUAUAUAAUACUAACAAUAAUAAUAAAUAUAUAGUUAAAGGCAAAUCAUACUUAAAGUGGGUAAAGAAGGUCAUGAUUCUGGUACAAGGAUGACAUUGACAUUCACUUCUUAUCUUGGUCAGUGAUAUAUGAGCAAUAGGGUUGGUUGGUUUGCUAUUUCGUUCAUGCUACUUAUUAAAUUGCUUACUCAGGCUGAUAAUAACAUUAGUUAAAGUAGUGUUGAAUUGUUAAGUAGUUAGCCGUGUGUUUAACUGGAUCAAACAAUGGUGGUACAUAACAUGAAAGUUCUGGUUUGGUUGGCUUUCUGUUUUAUUCAUGCUACUCGUUAAAUUGCUUACUCAGGCUGAUAUUAACAUUAGCUAAAGUAGUGUUGAUUUGUUAAGUAGUUAGCCAUAUGUUUAACUGGAUCAAAAAAUGAUGGUGGUACAUAACAUGAAAGUUCUGAACUUAAUCAUACCAAUCACCAUUAUAUUACCCAAAAACCAAUCCCAGUCCUGAAGCUGAUCUUGCAAGGUCUUAGCUGACAAAGCAUGUGAUUAUUUGCUGAAUCACACCUGUGGGAAAAGUGUUAAAAGAUAGCUAUAUACCUAUAAUAGUCCUAAUCAAGUUGUUCAUGUAGGUGUACCUAGGCGAGCAGUAUGUGAAUAGCUCCACGCUAUUAGAUGUUACAUUUCUAGUUGAAGGUUGUAGACUAUUCUUACCAUAUGUAGUAACUUAUAUAUGCUACAUUCUUCGUUUAAGAGGAAGCUAUUAGUUAUGUGCUAAAUAUCUAAAUGUUCAUUAUCUGUUAUUUUCUAGGCAAGUGCUUUUAUGCACACAGAAUUGCUCUGCUUGCUUCUUCGGAUGCAUUUUGUGCAAUGUUUGAUGGUGUCUAUCGGUGCUCAUAUAGAUAGUUGCCUAUUGACAACUUCAACUGGAAAUGCUCGUCAGGGUGUCCUCGAUAUCAAAGUAAAGAUCAUGUUGGAUUGGGAUCCUAAAGGAAAGCAGGGCCCCAUGAUUCCUUUGCCAGAUCAUGUUACAAUUCAUGCCCCAAAGGAGGAAGAGUUAAUCCAACCUCCUGUUCUGCCUCUAGAGAUUUAAUUUGAAUGUUACAACCUUUGCAAAAGGAAUUAGGAUUACAUUUCUUCUUGAUAAACUUGCGGCAGGUAACAAGCCGAAGUUCUUCUGAUUUAUGUGCUUGUACUAGUCCUAGAUUAACACGAAAGAAGAUUGGGAGUCUUUAGGCCCA